AAAUUUAAAGCCCCGCGCGGACUCGUUACGGGACGAAUUUACGUCGCGCGAGCCGCGGUGACAUUUAAAUCUCCCUGUCGCCGGUGUUUUUCUCAGUUCGACGCGCGCCAUUGUCCGAUCAUCGGCACGCGCCCACUUUUCACCGGUCGCCUUUAUCAAUCGCGCCCGAUCCAAGAAACGACCGGCAGAAAUAGCAUUCGCGCACCUCGCCGGCUCCGACACCUCGUCCCCGCAUGAAGCCGCAGCGCUGUCUCCAGAUCGCUUUAGUGCGGGCAGGUACGAUGCGCGACAAUAAUUCGAAAGUGACCGCCGUCCACGCGAACCACGUGCGUUGUAUGUGCGCGUUAUAUUUCCACAAUGCAAUCGCUAACGGCGGAUCGAGCGUGAUCUGGGGCAUCGUCUCGACGUUAAUAGGCGGAUCAUCAAUCGCGCGGACGUCGAGCAACGUUAUGUAAAUGCUUCUCACCCGACACACGACCGUUCUGGUUAACGAUGACACUGACGGCCAUUACCGACGGCUUUUAGCCAGAAAUCGACAAUCCGGUGUUCCGGGAGAGCAGAUCGCGACGUGAGCGACCACGGUCAUGGUCUUGAGCAGAACGCUUGCGGACUCCAGCUUCUUGGCUAUCGCACCGUCUAAGAUCAGAUUUAAAUCGCAUCUCUUCCAGCCCAUCACGGAGACCCGACCUUCAACGAUGGUAGGUGGUCGUAGGGUGAAGCAUACGGCGAGCAAUGAAACCACCACCACGUCCAUGGUCACCGGCGGCGUUACCAAUAGGAGCGACAACAACGUCGUUGUCUCCACUGUACAACCGACCACCACUCAGCAAAAAGUCCGACGGAUCUUCGAGGAGCAGGCCAGGUGGCAAGAAAGCGGCCCACGCAGACGCGUGAAAUGCACGUCGGGCACUACCUAUUGCGUGGUUAACAACUACAGCAUCGUUGCCUCUAGGGGCGAACUUGCUCGAAAUAACCGCGCCGUGAGUGAAACGACGUCGACGACGACGGCCAACGUCAUUACCAAGAGGCGAGCGUCGUCGAUCGUAAACGGGAGAAUCCACUCCAAGGAGGAAACCGCACGGAGCGGCAUCCUCGCCCCAGAGGAAUCGAGGAGACCGAAGGACGUGUCCAAGGACUCGGCGAGACCAGGUAUCUCAAGGGGCAUCCAACGAGGUAUAAUCAAGUCUGCUUCCGUGCCGAAGGAUUUGAAGGAAGGUCUUCCAGUGAGGGAAAGAACGCUGCAACGGGUACCGGAGGAGGGCAUCCUGAAGAGGUCUUCCGCCUUCCUGGCGAGUUUAGCGCAUCAUCAUCCCUCCAGCAAACUCGCCGAGAGGAAUUCGCCGGGUGGCGCUGAGUUGGCCAAGUUCCUCAGGCCGUCGGACGGCUACGAGCUUCGCGGCUCAUCCUCGAGGUACACCGGUCUGAAGGGAUAUUUCUCGAUCCUGACGGACGACAGCGACGACGUGGGGCUGUGUGCUCUGCGGCCGUCGCCCAGUGCCCAGACGUUAUCGACGGGCUUGAAGAAGAAGGGCGUCGGAGUGAAGAAGUCGGUGUCUUUCAGCUCCGACACCAGCUUCGAGGAGAAACGCGCGCCAUACCGGAAGCCUGCCGUCCACGAAGCCAAGAUCUAUCGCAAAGGCGUGCUUCAAGACCACCUACGCAAAGAGACGAUCAGACCAAAAGUGCCGCCUUCGUGGGAAAUACCCUCCGGGGGCCCUACGGCCCUUCUGAGGGCCGCCAGGGAGGCGGACGACACUGGUCUAAAGGAAAUCGUCGCGCAGGCUCGAAAAGUAGGUCUGAAAGGCAUGGACGUCAACGUGGUCGACAGCAGCGGGAGGACGGCCGUAAGUUACAUGGCUGGGAACGGCGCGGCGGCGAUGCUUGAGCUGGCGCUCUCUUUCGACGGCGUGGACCCGAAUCUGCCCGACAACGAGGGUAACACGCCGCUGCACUUUGCCGCGCAGGCCGGACAGACCGAGUGCCUCAACAUCCUUCUGCAGAGGUGUCCGGACAUCGAGGUGGACGCGAGAAACACCCUGGGCUUCACGCCGCUCAUGAAGGCCGCCCUUCAAGGUAGAACCAAGUGCGCGAAGAUUCUUCUGUUCGCUGGUGCAAACCCUACGCUGCGCGACCACGGUAGAGGACUGAGAGCCGAACAAUGGGCGAGGUUUUGCGGCAGGUACGUGUGCGCCGAGAUGAUCGAGAGGUUCGCGAGGCAUCGUCUGUUGGAGAGAACGACGUCCUGUCGUUGGGGCAGCGAGCCUGAGCUGGCUGCGAAGGUGUUGCAGGGGAAGGUGAUGCCUAUACCUACGACGCCUCUGCCGCAACCCUCGGGAUUGAAGUCGAAAAUAAGAAAAGUCUUCCGCACCACCUCCAGCCCCGACCGGACCUUCUCUCUGGUGUCGCAGCUCACGAGCGCAGCUCUCUGCGCGAGCAGUCCGGCUCUGCCGAAGCCCUCACCUGUUGUAAAGAGCCUUCUGCGACCGUUGAGCGUGCCCCAGUUAAGGGUGACGCUGGUUUCGCAACAGGACUUCCUGGAGAAGACCUCCGAAAAGUACGGGACGAAUUUCACGGAUAAGAUCGAGAACUCGAUCGCGAAGCCACCACGCUCGAAGAAGAAGAGCAAGUAGUCGAACGUAAAGCUUUCGCGGUCACGAGCCACGUUUAGAACUCCACUUCGCACUGAACACACUCGAGGGGAGAUGAUUACUCAGGUCUGCUUGACGUAAAGCAGUGAGAGACGGACAGUGUUUGUGAUCUAUUUGAGAUCAUUUACGUGUUAUCCGCUGUUGCCUGUAAUCGGCCGAUCGUCCGACGCCGCGGUCCCUCAAGUAGAUCGUAGGUUGUUCAUUUUUACCUCGCUGAGAGAAAUAUUAGCGAUGCAUUUUUCACCCGUGGGACGUUCACGGGGAUAAAACGGAGGACCGUCGAAACUCCAUUGCUCCCGAUAAAUCACCAUUUCCAGUCGACGGCUGCUGUUGGAGUGUUGUCAUGUUUACGGCCCGUGUACUCGAGAUUGUUUUCGAUGUACACCGCCGCCGCGGUCGGACGCAUAAACAUUCGGGACGGUCGAAUUUUAUUUUUAGUUUAGACUUGUAAUGGAUCGUACGACACGUGGUGGGACGAGGCGCGGCGUGCGAGCGCGGUUUACAAGAGAUCGCAAAAUCACGAUCGAAAGAUCACCGUUGGACGAUCGCGAUAUUCCUCUCCGUCGUCUCGAUAUAUGGGAUCUCGAUUCUUCUUCCGGGAAACGCAAAUGUGUUUGACUUGAAGCGUGCGCCGAAGCGAAGCCUCGGGGGUUUUUACCGAUUGAACUGUUAAAGAUGAUCGAACGGCUUGCGAUCAACCUCACAGCCGCAGGUCUCUAACUUAUAAUACACGCGUUUUACGUACAAGAUUUUAUAUGCAGUUACUGUCAGAUGGUUAUUUAAAUAAAUGUCUUAUUAAUUAA